GAAAGACCCUAUUAGCGCGCGGGGCGCCACGUCUGAUCUGUGGACGGGCUCGGGCGGGUGCAGUGCCGGGCAGAGAGCCACGCACGCCAUGGAGUCUAUGGGUCGGCAGGACCGCAGGCUGCAGCAGCAGCUUAAUGAAAGCAGGAGCCGCUUCCAGACGUUAAUGAAGCGGCUGAUAGCGAAGUACAACCAGCCCUUUGAGGACGACCCGUUGGUGGAGAUGACGACGUUGACCUACGAGACGCCCCAAGGGCUGAGAGUUUGGGGAGGAAAGCUGAUGAAGAAGGAAGACAAGGAAUACACUCAGAACGCAGAGAAGAGAGGUGGAAAAGACACAGUCAUGACUUGGGUUCCUUCCGUGACCUCAUCUGUCACACCAGCCUCUGGAUGCCAGGAUGCUAUCUCUGCAAAGAGCUCUGGUGGUCCUGGAGUAUCUGCUUUGUCCUCUAGAGGCCAGGGUCCCUCAUACCCUUGCCCAGCUGACAUGGCCAUUGUGGCUAGAAGUGAUGGCCUCUCCUUACUUGGGACCAGCAGCAACAGCGUAAGCAGCCAGUCCUUUGAGGUUGAUGACCUUUGCAAUGUGACAAUCAGCAAUUUGUAUGAAGGCAUGAUGCAUUCCAUGAGUAGGCUGCUGCGCUCAAAGCUAUCCUGCAUCAUCUCCACCAAGACCUACAUCAACCAGAGCUGGAAGCUCCGGAGGAGACCCUCACGCAAGCAGGGGCUGCACAAGAACAGGACACACUGCCCCCGGAGCAAGCCCUCCCAGAGGAGUGCCAGGAAGGGGCCUGCAUCCUGCUCAGAGCACGGGAAAGAGGCCGGAAUAUUAAGAGACUACGGGAAUUUACUGCACGUUGCUCCCCACAAGACAGGCUUAGAACUGAAAAGCGUUUCUCUUGAAGGAAGCAAACGCCAAGUCCAUAAAUUCAGUCCAGCUUGGAAGGAGCUCCAGAUGAUGCCGCAGAAGGACUUGGACUUAAACCGUGAGCGAGAAAAUAGGGGGAUGACAUUACAGUGGCUAAUUUCACCCGUCAAGGUGGUUCCCAGACCAAGGAUGCUUCCAAGUCAAGUAGAGAAGUGGUAUAGAGAGAUUAAAAUCAAAUUUGACAAGCUUCAUCAGGAAUAUUGCCUGUCUUCUGGGAAACAGCCUCGCCUGACUGACCCCACAGAGUCUUGGGCUGUCGAUGUGUACAGAAGUGGUUCUAAGAGCCCAGGCAGCCGUCAGGAUGUAGAAACCUGCAGGCCCAGUUCACCUUUCGGCAGAGAAAAGACAGAAAGGCCAGGUGAAGCUUUAGAAGACCUGAGGGGAAAUGGAAAGUCUGUCAAAACAAAGAGCUGUCUUCUAAGGAGCUGUCCCUCUCCAGAGGGCAGCCCUUCACGGAGCCCCAGCCAUUCUCAGCUGAGCUCUGGCCUUCAAGAGCACAAUUCUGAACCUACUGGUAAGGCAGUGUGGCCCAGUACAGCUAUUUCAGCACCAUGCAUAGGCUCUCCAGGCUGUGGGAAGGAUAACUAUGAUGAGCUUAAAAAAGAAUUCAACAGACUUUAUCAGAAGUAUUGUCUGUCACCGCAGCGGGCGAAGGUGACUUCGUGUGGCAGAGUAUCGCCAAUGAAAGCUGCUGCAGCUCUUCCCUGUCAAUCAGAGCACUUGAAGAGACUAAAUCCAGACUCCCCACAACAGAGUUCCCAGAAACGGUCAAUCUCUCCUGGCUGUCACAGAAGAGUCCUGCAGGAUUCAACUCCACAGACUGCUAGUACACUUGUGAGAGAGCCUUGGCUUCCAACAAAGAGGCGCAAGUUGUCAUACCCGGUAGCUUGUGCUCACCAGGCCAAAUCUCACAAUACCUCAGGAGCAUCAGGCUGGCCCUGAGUGUCAUGAGUGCUGAUUGGGUGUUUGUUGGACAUGAUGCUUAUGUGUAGUCAGCAGCUGCUUUGAGGGAGAAGACCUCGGCAGAGACUUUUGUUUCUCCUUUUGGAGGACGGUCCCCAGGGCAUCCUGUGUACUGAGCAGUCUUCCACUGCAGCUCUCUGUAGCCACUUGGCCUCUGUCCAGCCACCUCCCCUGCUCCAUAUCACAGCAUCAUCUCUGUCCUUUCUUGUGGGAUGUUGGUACCUUGGGCUUCUCUAGCCAGUAUUGGCCAUUACUGUGUCUCUUUAUCUUAUUCAGGGGAUUCUCAGUGGCAGUUUUCCUCUUAACAUGAAUUACUUACAGUGUCUCU